CUCUCAAAAAAAUAUUGAAAUCGAACACAGAUGCACCCUCUGACGUCUAACCCUCUCUGCAAAGAGGCAUCUUAUCUUUUAUAAAGGUCAAAACCAAAGCCUAAGAUUAAGAAAGCUCAAAGCCUCAAGCACUGGUUGAUCAUAUGUGGAUUUGCACUCACACAUUGUGCUAUCUACCUACCGAUGCAAACCACAUAGCAAAACGCUUAAACGGUUAAAGGGGAAACUUGAAGUGCCAACGGGUAAGUGGUGGAGUUUGUUUGUUACUUUGUUUGUGUGAUUUGCAAAUUAGUUGAAUGAUUGGAUCCCCCAUCACCUCACAAGAUCAGGAGUGUGUGGUUGAAGGAAAAGGGGCAUAGGGGAAUUUGAAGUUGAAUAUGCAGAGUGGCGUAGAUAGAAAAGAGAACAUGGACAGGCUCAGUGACUUGCCUGACUUUGUUUUGCUCAAUAUAAUGAAAUUUAUGAGCAUGAAACAUGCUGUUCAAACUUGUGUUUUGUCUAAAAGAUGGAAGGAACUAUGGAAGCUUGUGACAAAUUUAGCAUUGAAUUCUUCAGACUUUACCAACCUUGUCCAUUUUAGCAAAUUUGUAUCUUGGGUUCUGUCAAAUCGGGAUGGCUCCAUUUCUCUGCAUAGUCUAGAUUUGAGGCGUAAGGGCUGCAUUGAUCAUGAAUUACUGGAUAGGAUCAUUGAACAUGCUGUGUCACAUAAUAUUCAGCAGUUGACAAUUGUGGUUAACUUAAAUGUUAAACUUGGUUUUAAGCUGCUCCCUAGUAUCUUUUCUUGUAAAUCUUUGACAUUUCUUAAGCUUUCCAUUUGGGCUGUUCCUUGGAUGACAGAACUUCCAAGUUCCCUGCAGUUGCCAGCAUUGAAAAGCUUGCAUCUUGAGCAUGCCACUUUCACUGCGAGUGACAGUGACUGUGCUGAGCCCUUUUCAGCUUGCCACAAAUUGAAUACUUUGGUUCUUGACCGUUGUAACCUGCAUCAUGGUGCAAAAUUCCUCUGCAUAUGUAAUUUCAACCUUUCUAGUUUGUCUAUAGGUAGUACCAUCCAAGAGGCACCUUACAAAUUUGUGCUUUCUACUCCAAAUCUUAGGUCUCUCACUGUUAUGCGUGAUCCUAUUUAUCAACUCUCUACAUGCAAUCUUUCUUUUCUGGAACAAGUAAAUAUUGACAUUGAAGCUUAUUUUCAUACUCAUUUUGAGAGGACACAUUUAGCCCUUAUAAGUUUGCUGCAAGUGCUGGCUGAUUAUGUAAAGAUAAUGAUACUCUCUUCGAGUACACUUAAGAUUCUAAAUGGUCUCUCUGCUUCUGGUUCAAUGAUAACCCAAAUUCCUUGCUUUGUUCAAUUGAAGUCAUUGAAAUUGAAAAUGAAAUCUUCGUCAAAUAUAUCAGAUGAGGAAGUUAGCAGGGCAGUGGAGUACUUACUUCAAAAAUCUCCUUUGGCCAAAAUUGAUGUUUUAAAUUGCUGAGAGAAAUAUGCACACUGAACUCUUUAGGUAGUGAGUUUUACUUGUGUUCAAUAACUUGCUUCAAUUUUUUGUUACCUUCUCUUCGCGAUAGUUGCUUAGUUAGUCCCUUCUCAGUUCUCAGAGUGACAGCAAAUCAUAGGUUGCUAUAUUGUGAGCUCCUUGUUUAUCCCCUUGUAUUCUUGUUUUUUGGUUAUUUGGCUUUGGCUGAUGACAAUUUUUACGGAACUAUUACUGUGGGGAACAGUCUGUAUGCUACAUAAUAUUUCUUACUCUUAUAUCUCUAAUAUAUUUCCUGUUUACCUUA